AUGUCCGCGCGCAUCGCGGCCCUGGAGCUGCGCCCCAACCACAGCGGCCCAUCCCACAGCGGUGAGCGCCGGAGCAGCCACUCCAUCUGGAAGGGGUCUUCGGAUGAGCCGGGCUCCAACAAGCACAGCGUGCUUUCCAACUACACCAACAACUCGGCAAACUCUGCCACGCCCACGGCGACUGCGACCACCAUCCAGGUGGAGGUGGAGGAGACGGAAGAGAUGGAGGAGAUUUCCGUUAGCUUCGAGGAGUCGGCUUGGAGCAUUCCAAUGGUCAUCGGCCUCGUGCGUGCUGGCCGUUUCGACAUGGCCUACGCCGUGGUUCUGCUCCUGGUGAACUGUGCCAUGCAGAUAAUGUUCGCGCUCAUCCUCCUCGAUGACGGGUUCAUGGGUGACGACUUCGCGAUGCAGAAGCUCAAUGCCCAGAUCUGGAGGACAAGCGUCGCCCACGACUACAAGUACAUGGACCUUGCGGAAACGAGCCUCGUGACGCGGGUGUGCAACGGCGACGGUGCGCUCAUCUUGUCAACGAAGCAGGCUUCCCUGGUGGAGCAGAUCAACAUGUACUUGAAAAUGGACACCGACCAGUUCAUGCCGGACGAUUUCGGGCCGGGCGUUCUGCUGUGUAUGCUGUGCAUCCUGCUCUGGAGCUUGUGCGUGUACAAGGAGUUCCGGCACAUCUGGCUCGCGGUGGCCGGCGCGGUGAACAUCCCAAGGUCCCGGCGCACCAACUUCACCGAAGGCACCUUCCAUCAGAUCUCCUGGGGUCGCUUCUGCGUCUUCUUGGCCACGAACUUCACGCGCGUAGCGGUGGCCAGUGUGCUGCUGGUGGCGGGCAUUCUGUGGCUGGCUCGCACCACUUCGAUCUCGGAGCUGAUGCUCAACGCGGUGGCUCUCAACGCCAUCCUGGAUGUGGACGAGUUCCUGUUCAAUGGCCUCACUCCGAUGAAGUUUCAGCACGCCAUUCAGAGCCUGAGCCCCUUGACCAUCAAGUACAGCCGCCGGAGAAGCGAGUGGGAGUCGAGUGUGCAGUGCCUCCUCUUGAUUGGGACCAUCGUGGUGCCUUACAUGCUGCUGGUGAAGCCCUUUGGUGAGACCAUGGUGGAAGUGAAGGAGCUCCUGUGUGGCGGAAACCAGACCUUCGUGGUCCAUCACAACUCGGACACCCAGCUGACGUAUGGCCUGAUCACCCGGGGCGGUCGAGGCAACUCCGAGAACCUCUCCAUCAGCGAGAUUGCUGCGACUUCGUUGCCCUAA